AUGGAAUAAGAGAGCUAAGAAAUCAGAUCUGCAUUCCCAGAAUAUCUCACAAAUACCCAAGAAGACGGUGAACAUGUAGCGAUUAAUACAUAAUUGUAAGCUCGACUAGUGUUUGUAAUAAUUCGAAACGUUGAUCAAUAAUUACAAAGAUGAACAAAAUAUCUUAUCUGCGAUAGAAUCAAAGAUUACUAUGGUUAUUAAUUAAACUCCAUUGUAAUCAAUAGUUGAUUGUUAUGUUAACAUUGCUAAAGACUAUAAUUUAUAAGUAAUGAUUAAUUUGAAAAUAGACUAAAAUGUAUAGAGUAUCAAAAUUCCAUGAUUAAAAAUAUUUGCCUCAAAUUCCAAUAUUAAAUCAAUAUCUGGAAAACAAGAUUAAUAGUCUGCCUUGGCCAGUUAUUGGUGAUGUAAAUUCUAAUCAAUUAUAAGAAUAAUUGAUUAAACUCUAUAAUUUUAACUAUGGGAGAAUAGCAUAGCAUGAAUUAUUGUUAUUAUGGUUUCCAUCAUUGAUAAAACCAUAUUUUAAUGUGCUAGAUGGUUUAUUAAAUACUCAAACAAAAUUAUCAUAAGAUGAGAAAUACUACUUUGCAAUCAUGGUAAUCAGUUUAUGAUAACUUCAAUAGGGAGCUGCUGCAUCAGGAAGUGAUUAGUUAUAUGAUUUAUUAGUCUAGUAGUUUUAUUUGAAUGAAGGAGACAAAAAUUGGGUUGAUAUGGGGUAUGAGAGUGUUGAUGACAAGAUCAAAUCCCUAAAUACCAUUUGCAAAAUCUUGGUUUAGAAACCAUGGGAAUAAUCUCUCAAAAAUACAUUGUAAUAGAUAAUGAAAAAUAAUAAGUGGAACAAAAGAGAAUUGAUUCAAGCAAUAAUGAUAUUCAUCUUUUAUAAUAAUAUUGGAUGCUUCUCAUAAGGCAAUGGCAUACUAAAGGAAAUUGAUUAUACUCUCAAUUUAUAAUCAGGUAAUACUAGUAUUAGUUUUACAUUACCUUAAGAACAAUAAUAAUAUUAGCAAAUUGAUUUAACAUAAAAUGAAUAUAUCAUUUAAGAAUUAAAGAAUUAGGCACUUUUAGAUAAUCAAAAUUGCUCAUCAGAUAAAAAUAUCUAAGUCAAAUCCAAAUAAUAAUCGAUUGAUGAAGCUUAAGAAAUAUCUGAUUUGGAUGAAGAACAAUUAAUAUUGAAAUUCAAAGAGAAAUUUUAAAAAUAUUUCACAAUUGAUGAAAUCAAGGACUCCACUGGAUAUUAAAUAUUGAGAUUUUCUGUACUCAUUAUUAUAUUAUUUAGGAAUAUAAUUUUUAAAUGAAUAGUUAUCCUGUGUUAAAAUCAUUAUAUCCUGAAGGGGCGUAGAAAAUGCACGAUUUUUUAUUGGAAGUUAAAUAAAUGACUAGAAAUACAUUUGGCAAAGAAUAAUAGAUCACUACUGCUGCUUUCCGAAAAGCGAUAAGAGUUUAUGCUUAGAAUAUAUAUCGAUAUUAACAUGAUGAUAUUGAUUAUUCAACUUAGGUAUAUUAUUUAUCCAAUUAUGGAGAUGAAUAAAUUAUUACCUAAAGAAUUGAAGGCUUUCAUUAAGAUUGUGAGUUUGACACCAAAUCUAUUAUAAAAGAAACAUCUAGAGUUUAUCCCUCUGAAAUUAAGUGCUGAUGAAUUAUGUCAUAUCACGUUGUUGACGAUUGCUGCCAAAAUUGAAGUGCAAUUGAUAUAUUUAUCUAAAGCUUUAGUAGAUUGUAUGUGA